AUGUUCCCAGCACUGGAAGCAGAGUUGAAGCAGGAGACUCUUCCUGAUCCCUAUGAGGAUUUUAUGCACCAUCACCUCCAGUAUUAUGGAUACUUUAAAGCCCAGAAAGGCAAUCUACCAAAUUCUGCUGCUCACCAGCGUGUUUGGAAGACUAGUCCUCGGUACAUGUUGAGUGGCUCUUUUGGAGAAAGAGACACUUUGAUCUCGGACACCUUGGAAAAGGAGACGUUUCUAUGGCCUACCUGUUUGUCUUCCACGGGGCACACGCAGAUCGGCGCUGUGAGCAGAGAUUCGCUCAUGCUGAGUUCACCACUUCUUAGGAGCAGGCAGCUUCUUUAUGAUGAGCUGGAUGACGUGAACCCGCGUCUUCGAGAACCCCGAGAGCUCUUCUCGUUUUUCUCCAGCCGCGGGCCACUGCAGGCUCCAAGGUGGCCGAUAGAGUGUGAGGUCAUCAAGGAAAACAUUCAUCAUAUUGAGUGGGUUCCACCUGAGCCAGAACACUUCUAUCAACCUACAGGAGACGAGAAGACGCCCGAGGUCGUGGGGGAGGAGCAAGGCACAGUCGUCUACCAGUUAGGCUCAGUGCCCACAGACGGUGCCUACUUCACCAGUUCCAGAAUAGGAGGCAAACGAGGGAUUAUCAAGGAACUUGCUGUUACGUUGCAAGGGCCAGAAGACAAUACCCUGCUGUUUGAAUCGAGGUUUGAGAGCGGGAAUCUGCAGAAAGCCGUCAGAGUAGGCGUCUAUGCCUACGAACUCACCUUGCGAACCGACCUCUACACAGACAAACACACCCAGUGGUUUUACUUUAGAGUUCAGAAUACCAGAAAAGACGCCACCUACCGCUUCACCAUUGUGAACUUGCUGAAGCCCAAGAGCCUGUAUGCGGUGGGAAUGAAACCUCUAAUGUACUCUCAGCUGGACGCCGCCACCUACAACGUUGGCUGGAGGAGAGAAGGACAGGAAAUCAAGUACUACAAGAACAACACGGAUGAUGGGCAGCAGCCCUUAUACUGUCUCACCUGGACCAUUCAGUUUCCGCAUGACCAGGACACUUGCUUCUUUGCACACUUUUACCCGUAUACAUACACUGACUUGCAAUGCUAUCUCUUGUCAAUCGCAAACAACCCCAUCCAGUCUCAGUUUUGCAAGCUCCGAGCUUUGUGCAGGAGCCUAGCUGGGAACACGGUCUACCUGCUUACUAUCACUAACCCAUCCAGGACCCCUCAAGAGGCAGCCACAAAGAAAGCUGUGGUGCUGAGUGCCAGAGUCCACCCUGGAGAAAGUAAUGGCUCCUGGAUCAUGAGAGGAUUUUUGGACUUCAUCCUUAGCAACUCUCCAGAUGCCCAGCUCCUCAGGGAUAUCUUUGUCUUCAAGGUGAUUCCCAUGUUGAAUCCAGAUGGAGUGAUUGUGGGGAAUUACCGGUGUUCGCUGGCUGGAAGGGACUUGAACAGACAUUAUAAGACCGUUCUGAAGGACUCUUUCCCUUGCAUUUGGUACACCAAGAACAUGAUCAAAAGACUUCUGGAAGAAAGAGAGGUUCUCUUGUAUUGUGAUUUCCAUGGGCACAGUCGCAAGAACAAUAUCUUCCUGUACGGCUGUAACAGCAACAGUCGGAAGCACUGGCUUCAUGAGCGGGUCUUUCCUUUAAUGCUAAGCAAGAAUGCACCAGAUAAGUUCUCUUUUGACAGCUGUAACUUUAAGGUCCAAAAAUGCAAAGAAGGAACAGGAAGAGUUGUGAUGUGGCGGAUGGGCAUCACAAACAGCUAUACAAUGGAGUCUACCUUUGGCGGGUCCACCCUAGGCAGUAAAAGAGACACUCACUUUACCGUUGAGGACCUGAAGUCCCUAGGUUAUCUUGUCUGUGACACUAUCCUGGAUUUCUGUGAUCCUGACCAGACCAAGUACAAUCAGUGCCUACAAGAGCUUAAGGAGCUCUUACGACAGGAAAUCCACAAGAAGUUCACCAACUCUGGACAAGAGAUGGACUUAGAAGGAGGAAGCUGGAGUGACUUUCCUUUGUCCGACAUCGAAUCCAGCACAAGUGGCUCUGACAGCUCCCUCUCAGAUGGUCUUCCUGCCCACCUCCUGAGCAUGGCAGAUGAGCUGAAUCAGAAAAUGGUGUUAAAGAAACCAAAGAAGAAAAGACUUCAGACGAGGAAGCAGCGAAACGAGCAACACCAGAACUAUUUGAUGCGGGAGUUAAAGUUGACAGAGGACACCCCAGGAAGGGCAGGGUUUGCUUCUACUCUGCAAAAGCAGUCUACUUUUUUGAAAAAUCCAGAGAAUUCUGGUUCUUCAAUAAUGAGAAAUGAAAAGCCGAGACUCAAGGAGGGAACAGAGUUAAGUGGAAGAGACAAAGGCACCUCCCUGGACCCACCAUUGACCAGCCUGGUUCUACCUAAGAAUAAAGAAAUAAUUCAGAGUAAGAAGCCAGGCUUUACGUCAUGCUCUCCAAAGAGAAGCACAAACUCCAGCCUAGGGCCAGCUCCAGAUGUCAAGCCAAACUGGCCUAGGACUAAAUACCCUGCCACAAGGAAAGACCGCACGGCCACGGCAGUGUACCCAUCUUUGCACAUAUACACAUACCCUUAG